AGUAGAGCAGCUGCAUUCCCUUUUCUGCUGGUGUCUCUCUCUCUCUCUUUUGGCUUUUUUAUUCUGUUGGGUCUCCACCAUGUUGGGAUGGCUACUUCUACGGACCUUGCUGGUCCUUUGGCUGGUGCGUAGUGCACAGCUGAAGAACAAUGGAAAUGGUGGGGGUGUUGGAAGGAUGUUGAUACCAUCCAAUGGAUAUGGAAACAAGGGAAAUGGUUACAGCGCUGGAGCUGGGGUGGCCAGUGGAAACAGUGCCAAACCCAAUGGUUAUGGUGCUCCUGCAGCUGUGCCCAAUGGAAAUGGUGCUAAACCCAAUGGUUAUUAUGGUGCUCCUGUAGCUGUGCCUAAUGGAAAUGGUGCUAAACCCAAUGGAUAUGGUGCUCCAGCCGCUGUACCCAAUGGUCAAAAGUCAAAAGGUUAUUAUGGUGCUCCUGUAGCUGUGCCUAAUGGAAAUGGUGCUAAACACAAUGGCUAUAGUGCUCCAGCUGCUGUACCCAAUGGAAAUGGUCAAAAAUCAAAAGGAUAUGGUGCUCCUGUAUCUGUGCCUAAUGGGAAUGGUGCUAAGGCCAAUGGUUAUGGUGCUCCUGCAGCUGUGCCCAAUGGAAAUGGUGCUAAACACAAUGGCUAUAGUGCUCCAGCUGCUGUACCCAAUGGAAAUGGUCAAAAAUCAAAAGGUUAUGGUGCUCCUGCAGCUGUGCCAAAUGGUUAUUAUGGUGCUCCUGUAGCUGUGCCUAAUGGAAAUGGUGCUAAACCCAAUGGAUAUGGUGCUCCAGACGCUGUACCCAAUGGUCAAAAGUCAAAAGGUUAUGGUGCCGGUGUGCCCAAUGGCAAUGGACAAGGAGCUAAACCCAAUGGUUACGGUGCUGCUCCAGCUGCUGUGCCCAACAGACAAGGAGCUAAGCCCAAUGGCCAAGGAGCUGCAGCUGGUGCACCCAAUGGACAUGGUGCGCCGAAUCCAAAUGCUGGCAUGAAAGGACCCAUGAAAGGAUACGGCCGACCACCUUUUGGUGCAGGUGCUGCUUUUGGAAUGGGGACUCGAAGGGGUCUGGGGGUACCUCAACUAGCUGCAAACAGGAGGGGAGUGUAUGGCCGUAAUGGCUAUGGCGGUAAUGGAUAUGGCGCACAGCCAAUGAAUGGCUACAGGCCAAAUGGUGCCUAUGCCAGGGCUGGUCUUGGCCUGGGUGGUGGCCUCUCUGCUGGACACUCUAAUGGAGGAGGCCAAAAAGGACCCACGCCAGGUUACGGUAGUCCCAAUGGACAAGGUGUUAAACCCAAUAGUUAUGGUGCUCCUGCAGCUGUGCCAAAUGGAAAUGGUGCUAAAAAAAACAAAGGCUAUGGUGCUGUAGCUGAUGUGCCAAAUGGACAAGGUGCCAAACCCAAUGGUUAUAGUGCUGGAGCUGGUGUACCCAAUGGACAAGGAGCAAAACCCAAUGGUUAUGGUGGUGUACCCAAUGGAUAUGGUCCCAGACCCAGUGGGUAUGGAUAUCCCAAUGGUGGGGCAAAGGCACCCAAACCAGGUUAUGGUGAAGGAGCUGGUGUACCCAAUGGAUAUGGAGCUAAACCUAAUGGCUAUGGUGCUGGAGCUGGUGUGCCCAAUGGACAAGGAGCUAAUGGUUAUGGAAAUGGUUCACCUCAACCUCAAAAUACUAAAGGUGUCGGAGCAGGUGCACCUAUUGGAGGAACUAAAGCAUCAAAUGAAGGAGCUAAAGCACCAAAUGGUGGGUAUGGUGUACCUGCUGGUGUACCCAAUGGACAUUUGGCUAAAGUAGUCAAUACUGGUUACGGCAUGCCAAAUGGAUACAGCAUGUCAAAUGGGCAGGGUACUAAAGGUGUUGGUGCACUGAAUGGAAAGGGCCCCAAAGGUGAAGUUCUUACUCCUGAAGCACCAAGCUAUGCCCCAGCACCCGAGCCAGGACCUGUAGUACCUGAGCCAACAAAGGGUGUAGCUCCAGCUCCAAUCGUUCCACAGGGGAAGCUUUUCCCUAAGCCAGUACCUAUAGUACCACAGGCAAAGAGUCCAAAGACAGCGCCAGAGCCAGCACCGGUUCCACAAGGAAAGACAUACCCUAAGCCCGCACAAGAGCCAGCACCGGUUCCACAAGGAAAGACAUACCCUAAGCCCGCACAAGAGCCAGCACCGGUUCCACAAGGAAAGACAUACCCUAAGCCCGCACAAGAGCCAGCACCGGUUCCACAAGGAAAGACAUACCCUAAGCCCGCACAAGAGCCAGCAAUGGUUCCACAAGGAAAGACAUACCCUAAGCCAGCACCAGAGCCAGCACCAAUUCCACAAGGGAAGACAUACGCUAAGCCAUCACCAAAGCCAGCACCUGUCGUUCCACAAGGAAAGCCGUGCCCUAACAAAGCACCAGAGCCAGCACCAGUUCCACAAGGGAAGACAUACCCGAAGCCAGCCCCAGAGCCAGCACCUGUAGUACCACAGGCAAAGAGUCCGAAGCCAGCACCAGAGCCAGCACCUGUCAUUCCACAAUGGAAGCCGUAUCCUAUGCCAGCACCUGUGGUUCCACAAGGAAAGACGUACCCUAAACCAGCACCAGAGCCAGCACCACAGGCAAAAAGUCCAAAGCCAGUGGCACCAGCCAUGCCACAAGGAAAGAGUCCCAAAGUACCAAACAGGGGUGGUGCUGGAGGCGUGGUGCCCAAUGGACAAGUGCCCAACUUGCGUUUAGACAGUCUUGGUUAUGUCACUGGAAGUGAGGUGCCUGAGAAAAAAAAUGGUGGGGUGGGCACACCUCCUGGGAAAGGUGAUUGGGGCGUAGACCCUGAACCUCAGGCGCCUAAAAGUAGUGGACCAAUGGUUACAAAGGUAGUGCCUGCGUUGGUACCUGAAACGAUGGCAGCUAAAAACACUGGACCCAUCGUCCCUGGAGAAACCCUGACUAAAGGUGCACUAGUGGUGGCACUGGAAGAAGUGAGCAUUAAAAGUGAGCCUGCAGUUGUGCCUGAAAAAUCAGCAGUGGAACCUGAGGUGCUGGAAUCUAAAGUUGGGAGUCCACCUGGUUAUGGUCCAGGAGCUGGUGUCCCCGAUGGCUUUGGUGCUAAACCCAAUGGUUACGGAGCAGGAGCUGGUGUAAACAGAGGUGGUGCCCCCAAUGGCUAUGGCGCUAAACCCAAUGGUUACGGUGUCGGAGCCGGUACACCAAACGGACGUGGAGCCAACCCCAAUGGUUACGGUGCAGGAGCUGGUGUACCAAACGGAGGUGGUGUCCCCAAUGGCUAUGGUGCUAAACCCAAUGGAUAUGGAGCUGGAGUAUAUCCAAAUGGAGGGGGUGCUAAUGCACCCAAACCAGGUUAUGGUGCUGGAGCAGGGGGCUAUAAUCCUGUUGCUGCCGGCUAUGGCAAUGGAUAUGGACAUGGAGCAGGUGGAAAUCCUUUUGUAGGGAAACCCAAACAACAUGGUGGUUAUGGUAACGGUAAUGGACAAGGUGUCUACCCUGGAGCUAGUUAUGGAAAUGGCUACGGUGCACCUGCAAUUGGUGUGCCUGCUGGUAUGGAGGGAAAAUCAGGUUGGGUUGGUGCUGGACUUGGAGAGCCUGCAAAUGGUGGCAAAUACGGUGGUUCCGGACCUUAUGGCGGAGCACCAAUCAUUCCUGCUGGACUGGAUGGAACAAGUCAGUUUGAACCUCAAUCCGCAGGCCUAGGUCCUGAUGGGAAAUCAGGUGGAAUGUAUGGUGGAUUGGGUGGGCCAUACGGUGGUCAGCCCCUCGGAAUGGGCCCAGAGUCAAAAUCUCAGACCAAAUACGGCAUUGGGGGGUUGUCAUUUGGUGGUCAACCCCUCGGGUUGGGGACUGAUGGUGCAGGCAAGUAUGGAAACGGUGGAAGCCCCAACGCACCUGGACCUGAUGUUGGCAAGUCAGUUGGUAAAUACGAAAAUGGUGGUCUACCCUAUGGAUCUCAGACUCUUGGAUUGGGUGCUGACCCCAAAUCAUCUGGCAAAUACGGUGGGCUUGGCACUGGAAUGGGAGGGGAUCCUGCACCUGGAAAAUAUGGAUAUGGUGCACCCUAUGGUGGGCAACCUCUUGGCCUAGUUGGUGAUCCUGGGAAAUCAGCUGGCAAGUAUGGCUAUGGAGAGGUGCCAUACGAGCCUCAGCCUCUUGGACUUGGCCCCGAUUCCGGUAAAUCGACUGGAAAAUAUGGACAGGGUGGGUUGCCAUACGAUCCUCACCCUCUUGGGCUCGGUCCAGAUGCUGGAAAAUCUCCAGGCAAAUAUGGGGGCGGUGCACCAGAACCCUAUGCACCAGAACUUCUUGGCCUUGGUGGUGAAGGGCAGAAAUCUGCUGGGAAAUAUGUUAACCUUGGACCAUACGAGCCACAGCCCCUUGGAUCAGUCACUGAUGGCAAAUCCACCGGACAAUACGAAAAUCCUAUGCCUUAUGAGCCUCUGCCCCUCGAAUCAGAGGCUGUCGGAAAGUCAUACGUAGAUAUCCCCUUCUCAGUGAAAAUAGGAGAAAUGGCACCAGCCCAACCUAUUGGACUUGAAGAAGAGGGAAAAUCUACUGACAAAUAUGGCAAUGGGGGUUAUAUAAAUGGACAAGUGCAGCCAGAAGUCGUCUCCUUCCCCCCAGCUCCCACUCCUUGGCCCUCCAUCUCCUAUCCCCCCAUCCCCUCAUUUGUGCCUGUAGUGUCCUUCUUCCCCCCCGAGGCCCCUGCCGCGGCAGAUUCAGAGGCCCCACCCAAGCCUGUGGGCACUGCCAGCCUCUCCCUUGCAUCUGCUCCCAGCACCCAAAUGCAAGCCCCGCCGCACGGGCAUGACACUGCGCUGCUUCAGCCGCCGCACCAGAUACACAUUCAGCAGCACCUCAAGCUGCACAUUCACCCGCAAGGCAAAUCAUGGAGAGGAGGUGCAAAGGAGAACAAAUAUGAAUUAACAGGAUUCUUUGGGAAUAGUGGAUACUAAGGUAAAAAAAUGUUGACCAGGGCGACGGUGGCCAUUUACAGCAUUUGUUUAACUUCACUAGAUUUUUUACAUUCCUGUUGUUGUUGUUGUUGUUGUAUAUUUGUUUUAAUUCCCUUUUUAAUUGAUCCUUAGUUUUUGUAUAAUUAUUAAUAUCUCCCUGUCCAUGCCAAACCAGUCCUGCCUGCCAUAUUUUUUAUAGUUUUCAUGCCAUGUCUGUAAUAUCACUAGAACUAAGAAAACACACAUUUAAAAGUGCAUACCUUCUUUGUAGUUUAUAUUUUCUACAAGUUCAUCUUGAUUGUGUGUCCGUCUUAUUUAAUUUCUUAACCACCUGUCUUACUGCGCUUACUGGUUACGAUGCAUCAUGCUUUGAGAGUUUGUGUGCUACAAAUAUUCAAUGUGUUGAUUGAAUCAGUCCAGUUUUUGUCUGCAUGUUGUCCAUUCUGCAUAGUUUUAUAUACUCAAACUCAGACUAAUUUAUUUUGUAUGGGAAAGUUGUGUUUGCCACAGGUAUGAAAAAACAACCUGUACAUUUUUUGACAGUUUUGAUGUAAUAAAAACAGACUGGAAAUAC